GGUCCUCGUUCAGUCGUGCGAGAAGCGAGGGUCGCGCAAGCUCGCGAGCCCUUCGUUGUAUUGUGAGCUUUCGCUUCUCGACAAGGACGGCUACCGGUGGUGUUGUCUUCGUUUUAUACUCUCUCUCUCUCUCUCUCUCCUAUUCUCUUCCUCUUCCUUUCUCUUUCUCUCUCACUCUCUCUCUCUCUCUUACUCUCUAUCUCUGUCCCUUAUUAAUUAUUUACUCUAAAAUUAUAGUGUGUAUUCGUGAAUCUUGUGAAGCGACGAAUGAUUUAAUCAAAAAAGAUUUUAAUCGAGUGAGAGAGAGAGAGAGAGAGAGAGAGGGGUGAAAAGGAAAGAGAGAAAGAGAGAGAGAGAGAGAGAGAGAGAGAGAGAGAGAGAAAAUAUAAAUAGUGAAAGAUAGAGAAAGAAAAGAAAAUAAGGAGAAGAGAGAAGGGAGACACAGAAAGGAUGGCGUCGAAGAGGAACGAGGAAACGAGGCCACGUCCUGCGUGUGCGAGGUAUUCGAGGUUAAAUGCAGACGGUGACGACGGGGCUGGCCAGUGAUUUUGGUGUUGUUAGCAGCUUCUGAUCGAAUCAGGCUCCGGCGGUCUGAUUGGAUUUGUGGUUGGGCCUGGAUUUGGCAUUAAGAAGGAUGGGUUGGGUCACCGGUCUCGGCGUCGCACUGGUCAUUGUCGUCGCCGCUGGUGCUGCUUUGGCUCUCUGUAGACGAUAUUGCAUCGGCUGGCAAUGGGGUACUAGAAAUAUUUGGAGUAUAUUUGAAGAAUGGCGACAGGCAUUAUCAUGGCUAUGGGCACCACGAGAAGAAAAGGUUGGUCUUGUAAAAGCUCAACAUCCAACAGCACAGACAAUACCAGGUUUAUAUCGGCAAACUGGUAAUCCUUCUCAACAAUUGCUGCACAGUGAUAGUGAUCUGAGGCUGGAUGCUCAAGGAGCCUUCACACGAUUCGAAGCUGUGGACAGAGAUCUUCACCCACCACUUGGUACUGGAACUAGCAGUACUAUACCACCUCAACCAUUAAGACCAGCACCACAACCAAGGCCAGCAUCACGUCCAAGACCAUCUCCUCUUCAAACCCCUAGCACAGUUGACUAUUUACGAAUGCAGGAGUCUGGUCCAGGUCCGCUGACACCACCGCCAUCCUUGCAAAGAACUAUUCCAUCAUCGAGAGCAACUGUAGCCUCGGUCUUCGUCUUCCAAAACGAACCGGUGAAGAAUUAUGGCUUUUUCAAGCCACCUAACGAUCAUUCGGCCUUCAGAUUCGAGGGCGAAGGAAACACAGGAAAGAUGUUGCCUGAGAAUAUUCAAAUGGCAGCUUACACGAUGCAAAAUCAUUCCGAUUCGAGAAUGGGAAGAUACGAGAUGGACGCGACCGAAGAGAGAAGAAACGACACUUACGACUCGAGGUGUAAUCCUUACAGACAAUUCGAGACGAGUAAUAGAUACAAUGUUCAUAAUACACCUAUCGCGGCUCUCGACGUUAAAGCUAACAAUGAAGAAAAUACCUAUCCAGGUUAUGACGUCGUUCAGAGAACUCAUCAGUUGAGACAACACGUCAGGAAUGACUCUAGAGGAUCACCAAGUAGUUUUGGUUUGACGAAUCAUUCCAACUCGACCAGUCAAACGAUCAUGGAGUCCAUUUAUGGACCUCAAACUCUCUGCAAGAUGCUUCAAAAUGCUCAGAACUUGGAGAACGAGUUGGACAGAAGAAACAACGAGGUCCAAAGCAUCGAGAUGACACCUUUCAGAAGUUCGACGCUUCAAGAUGACGUUGGCACGUCUUAUCUAUACCAUGAUAAUUCAUCCAACGCUGGUCUACAAAGAGUCUCUCAAUAUAUCCAAAGUCUACCUGAUCAUCCUGCCUUCGACACGAUCAAUGAUCACACGUCGAUCACGCAUCAAGAUCGGGAACAAAUACUUUAUGCCGAUGACAUGCAAGCUCAGAUCAACUCGUCUAAGGUUAGCAGCGAAUCAGCAUCGAGUCCUGUACCACCGCCACCCGCGCCACCUGAUCCUCCUACGGAUGUUCUCAAAAAGAAUGAACCCACAACAGGUGAAAGGAUCUUCAACGCACUUCGAUCAGUUACCUCGCAGAGCUACAUCGAUGCCUCGGAGUUUUACAAUUCCGUUCUAUCGUCAGCUCAACAAGUCCAACGAUUUACCUUCUCGAGAUCGCCAAGUAUGGUGAACGAGAAUACAGGAAGUCGUUUACAGAACGAGGUACGUGACAUAUACACUGAAACCGAUUCGGACGCCAUUGGCCUUGAUGCUUCCAGACGUAGUUCCGAUCUUUACAGCCCCGAGCUAAACUUGGAAGCUCAUAGAACUGCUCAGGAAGUAUAUUACAGCUUACAGGAUCCACCAUCCUCGCCUUUACUCUUGAAGGAUCAUAAUCAUGAAUCCUAUACGUUCAUGUCUGACCCAAGCUUCACUAGAACUUCCGAAGACAUCUUCAAUAGUUUAGAACAGAGAAGGAAGAGUAUGGAGAGAUUAAAUGGUAUCCACGAGUUUGUAGAACAUGAAACUUCCGAUACCUCAAGACGGCGAAAUAGUCAAGAACUUUAUGCAGCUUUGGAGGAAGUUCAACUCAAAAGAAGAUUAUCGCAGCAAAGUCUCGAAGAAAAUUACGUUACGAAUUACACGAUGAACGAGCACGGUGAAUCGAAUUCCGGAAGUCGUCGUGGUUCACAGGGACCUGAACCUGAACCUCCACCGGAUGAAUCUAAUUUAAAAAGAGCAAUAAGUUGCGAAAGUGUUUGUUCGGACACCAGUGUGGUAUUGAACGAUCUCGAGGAGGCACCUGUCGUGGGACUUGUUUGCGUUGGUCUAGAACACGAAAGAUGGGGCGGACGUGGUACCGAUGCUGAAGGUGAUUUAGCAGUCAGUGUCCUUGAAGCUAGAGAUCUCGUUGCGCCCGAUGGUCGACCUGCGCAAGACACCUUCGCAAGAGUAUGUCUAUUGCCUGAUAGACAAACCCACGUACAAACACGUUUGUACAGAGGUUCGCCAUCGCCGAGUUAUCAAGAAAAGUUUCUCUUUCCUUUGGACGGUGGUCCAGCUGGAAGAACACUCUUGGUCGAGGUGUUCUCCGACGAAUCGAGUCUCGGUGGUGGCGCCUCGCUUAUCGGUGAAGCUAGUUUAAGACUAGGUCCAGCGUUAAGACCACCUGCUACCACCUGGCUACCCUUAACAGGACCUGCCUUACCUACACCGCACUUGGGAGAGCUCAUGUUCUCUCUGAGCUACUUGCCAACUGCGGAAAGGCUAACUUUGGUCGUAGUAAAAGCUAGAAACUUGCGUGGUUCUAAUACUAUACCGGGUGAUUUCUUUGUCAAGGUUUACCUACUGCAACAAGGAAAAAAAAUGCACAAGAAAAAGACGUCUGUGAAAAAGGGAGAGAAGAGUCCCAUUUUCAACGAGGCGAUAAUAUUUAGUGUACCAGCUCACGCUCUACAGACAAUUCAAUUGAGACUGACAGUAGCAGAGGUACACAACGAGCAAACCACGACAAAUGCAAAAGCUUAUUCGGUCGGUCACGUUAUUGUUGGUUCCACUUCAACUGGCAAAGCAUUAGCACAUUGGAGACAAAUGUUAACAGCAUUGAGACGUCCCAUUGCUAUGUGGCAUCCAUUGAGAAAAUGAGAUCAGCUGGAUAUUGGGAGAGAGGAGGAGAGUAUACGAUGGAUAUAAAGAAGGCAAAAUUAAUGGAACAAGAAGAAAAGAGAGAGAAAUCGAACGCUAACAGGCAAGAGCAUGAAGUGCACAAAUCAAUUAGAGUUAUAAUAAUUAACAUGACAACGUCCCAAUGUUUAUAUAUAUAUAUAUAUAUAUAUAUAUAUAUAUAUAUAUAUAUAUAAUCUUUUUAAACAGCAACGUUUCAAAAUACAAAAAUAUUCGAAUACUUUUUGAUAAUUCAAUUAUCUCGAAAAUUAAUGACACAAUUAUUUGUAACGAUAAUAAGAAAUAAUAUACUGUGCUUUUCCAAAUUAUUCUACAAUAUUAUUUAAAUCAUUCGAUCAUUCUAAGAUCAUGAAAUCGUACUGAAAUGUUAACGAUUAGAUAAAAAAACAAAUAUGAUACGUACGAUAUACGUUCUUCACGAUAAAUGAAAAUGCUUUUCAUUUUUAACAUUAUUACAAUGAAAUAAUAUUUAAUAUUCUUCACGUAUAUCUUUUAUAUAGUAUACAUAAUGUGAUUGUUUCUCAAAUUCACAUGACCUUACGCUUCGUUCUAAGAAAACCAAAAGGUCGUCGAAUAUUUUGGUGUCCUACCUUUUAAUGUAAACACGGUUCGAGUUUAGGUAAACUUUCUAUCGAGCAAACUAAACUGUAUACAUACAUACAUAAGUUGAUACAAAACGAUUGAAUAAUCUGUUUAACGUAGGACUCAAGGCCAUCGAUACUCCCGUGACUCCCACUACUAAUCGAUCGAAAUACGACCGACGGAGUGUCGCGAAAAUGCUACAAGAGAAAAUAAACGAGAACAUUUUAAUUCGACUUGGUAAAUGGAACGAGCGAACAAUCAAUAUAUUAUAAUAAUACACCAUUGUUUCUUUUCUUUGUUUCCUUGUUUCGUCCAUUGUCAGGCACAAAUCAACGUAGAUUUUAAUUAAAUAAAAGCGAAGAGAAAAGAAAAAAAAAAGAAAAGAAAAUAUACCUUGCGUAAAUGAAAGAUAACAUUUUGGAGUCACUUUCAAAAUUACACAACAAACACAUACACACACACAUACACGACAAUUUAUCUUUGCUCUCAUAUGUAAACAUACAUACACGUACGCACGUACACUCCUGAAAAUAACAUUACUACGAAAUUCUUCUUAUAUGUUUAUUUUUCUUUUUCUUCUCUUUUCUUCCUGUUUUGUUUUAUUCCUUUGUGAUUUUCUCCUCGUCCAUUAGCAGCUAGUCCUAACUAAAAUAUUUUUUCAUUCGCAUGAAUGACCUCGCGCGUCGAUCUCUAACUGUGCUUUACUACGAACGAAAAGAAUUAAAAAGAACGAAACUUUUCGAAUACGCGACGAGAAUUUCAACUAUUUUCAAACGAAACGUAACGUUGUCGUUGUUGUCCUAUACCUGGACUGUUAAUGUUUGUACAGAGUUUAUCAGUAACGUGCUCUCGACGUGCAGAAGGAGUAUAGAAAAAAGAAAAAGAAAAAAAAAAAGAAAAAAAAAAGAGAGAAAUCAUUGAAAGAAAAAUUAUUUUCCCUGAAAGUCCUGCAAAUGAAAGGAAAAAAAAAAGAAAAUUAAUAAAAAUAUUACCAAAAAAAAAAAGAAAAAAAAGAGGAAAAAAUAUACAAAAAUAUUCGACAAUCGUGUUCGCUCCUUCGAUCGUGCUCUCUCUCUCUCUCUCUCUCUCUCUCUCUCUCUCUCUCUCUCUCUCUCCCUCUCUCUCUCUCUCUCUCGCACGUAUAUACAUAUAUAUAUACAUCAUGACGCUCUACAAUCAAUUUCCUUUAAAUCUUAUCUUAUAUCGAGGAUCCUAACUAUAUAUCUAUCUCUGCACUUGGCGUUUGUGACCGAAUUAUACCAUCUUCUCCUUCUCUCUCUCUCUCUCCUUCUCUCUCUGUAUCUAUCUAUCUCUCUUUCUAAGAAACGUAAUCUACCGAUUGAUCGUACGAUUCCCAUUGGAAGUUUCAACGAUAAAUUCGAUCCUUGAUCACGAACAGAUCGUUAUCAACGAAUCCAGAUUUAUUGUGGUCAACUGCCAAAGGGAAUUUUGUUUCGUCUUCGUGAGUCGAACGAUUUAGGUAGCCUUCUAAACACCUCAUAUAUUCUAUAGCCAUAUUCUAUUACCUAUAAAUUUUGUACCUCUUCAUACACAAUAAACAAAAAUGAAAAAUAACGGAGAAGUGAAAUAUAAUAAAAUUUAAAACCUUCGUAUACACACGUAAUAUAUAUACACAUGCAUCUGCAUAUAUAUAUAUAUAUAUAAAUUAUAGAUACAUUACGAGAAAAUUUUACACUCUAUACUAUACACUUUUUGUCAUAAAAGAUCGAACUAUUUGAAAUUCAUUCUUAAAAUAACGAAAAAAGAAAAAAAAGAAAAUAAAAAAAAAAGGAUAUAACACUUAUUCAGGUUUUUUCUAUCGCCAACUACUAUGGGACUAAAUAUCGCUGAAUUCUCAUUAAAAGCUCCACUAUUGUAAUUAAUUAUAAACGAUAAGGCAUCUUAUUGCGAACGAUGUUUAUCUCUACGAUUAUAUGUAUGUAUGUAUGUACGUAAACAACGGCGAGCCACGAGAACGGUUCGAGAGAACGAUCGUUUUAAAACAAAAAAAAAAAAGAAAGAAAGAUAGUCGAGAUUAAUAAAAAAAAAAAAAAAAAAAAA